AGUCCAAACUCGAGGGAGCCAGUGCAGUCAAAGGCAGAACUGGAAGGCCACUCACCGCGACUUGCAGGUUGGUGAACGUUGAAAUUAUGGCGCCCUAGUGUUGCAUCUUUUUUCAAUAACUUUACUCCUGCACCCCGGUGUACUUCGCACUCAGCUAGCAUUAGCCUCUGCAUUGUGUUUGAUAUCACUUCCCCUGAAGAUUAAAACUGGGGAUAAAAGGCAAAGACUCCAUACAUUUAGUUUUCUGUGGAGAGUAAAAGCCAAUAACAAGAAUGUCGGGCGCACAAGAUAACCAAACCAGCGCGCUUGAGAACCAAGAAAACGUGCUUUCGAGACUGCGAGGCUCGAUGAAGUCCCGGACGACCGCCACGGACAAUAAGGAGAAUUUUGCGCCGCAGUCGACUGCUACCAGGACAGUGCUGGGAGCACUAACGAACAACCAGAGGAGCAAAGCCCUGAACCAGCGCGCCUACAAGCAGGAAUCCUUCAAGCCACAAUGCAAAAGUGGAGACCUUGACAAAAUCGCCAAGCCACCACCCUUCCAGAUACAUGUUGACCAGCCCUCUGAGGACCCUGUCAAUAAGGAGUGCAGUGGUGCCGCCACCGUCAAAGUUGAGGAACUUGUUGAGGACACGCCGCUGAAAAUCGACAAUGUCGUCGCCCGUCUGCGCCAGCCUCUGGCCGCACUCGACAUCCCUACAGCAACCAUGGAUGUCAGUUUUGAUUCUCCAAUGGACAUGUCCAUGGUCGGUGGUGAGGAGAAAAUCAUUGAUGUCACAGAGGUGCCUGAAUAUGCUGCAGAGAUUCACACUUAUUUGCGGGAAAUGGAGGUGAAGUGCCGGCCCAGGGUGGGUUACAUGAAGAAGCAGCCUGACAUCACCAACAGUAUGCGUGCCAUUCUGGUUGACUGGCUCGUGGAGGUGGGCGAGGAGUACAAGCUCCAAAGCGAGACUUUGUACCUGGCUGUCAAUUACAUCGACCGCUUCCUCUCAUCCAUGUCGGUGCUGCGAGGAAAGUUGCAGCUGGUGGGCACCGCCGCCAUGCUACUGGCCUCCAAAUUUGAGGAAAUCUACCCCCCAGAGGUGUCGGAAUUUGUCUACAUCACAGAUGACACUUACACCAAGAAGCAGGUGUUGAGAAUGGAGCAGCUAGUGCUCAAAGUGCUCUCCUUUGAUCUGGCUGCACCCACCAUCAACCAGUUUCUCACGCAGUACUUCCUGCACCAUGCAGCUAGCAAGCAAGUGGAGAGCCUUGCCAUGUACCUUGGCGAGCUCAGCCUGGUGGAUUCUGAUCCCUUCCUGAAGUACCUUCCUUCUCAAACUGCUGCAGCUGCCUAUGUCCUGGCAAAUCACACAAUCACUGGUGCAUCAUGGCCAAAGUCCCUGGUGGAGAAAACUGGCUACUCUCUGGAAGACCUCAUGCUGUGCGUGGAGGAUCUUCACCAUAUGUACCUGAACGUACCGCAGCAUCCUCAGCAGUCUGUCAAGGAGAAGUACAAGUCUUCAAAGCAUCAUGAAGUUUCCACCAUUGAGGCUCCAGCCACUCUGCAGUUUGACUAAAACUCCCUUUUUGACCCAUUUUAGAGUUGUACUUCCUGUCACUGGCUUUUUUCUCACCCCUUGUGGCAUGUUCCUGAAGUACAUCACUUUUUUUCCCCCACUACGUUUUAUUGCUUGAUGGUUCAGUGUUCUAAUCUGGUUUUAAUAACCUGACCAAUGUGUAAAUACAAGUGGCUUCCCCCCCACUCUGGGUUUUAUAACCAAGCAGUUGUAAUUGCUGGGCUGUUUUUGUUGGGGUUUUCAAAGUCAACCUAGUUGUUACAGUAGUGGGUUCUACACAUUAAAGGUGUCAGUCUUGGAGUCUGCUGUUCUCAUUACAUUUCAGUGAGCGACAUUGUUUGUCGGGUCAUCUUGCAGCACUGUAAAAUAAGGCUCUUGUAAAUAAAAUUUAAAGCUCACACGA